GUAUUUAAAAUGAGUAUAACCAUUUUAAUGAUAAAUCAGGGUCAAUAUUUUUCUAGAUGUUUUAGUAAACAAAUUUAUAUCAGUAGUCAGGCCCCCGAGAGUGGAGAUAAAGUGUUAUGUUCUUACGUAAUACCCGAUUCCCGUUACUGGGUUCAUUAUCUUUACAUCUCAAGAGUAUCUACAAAUACGAACAUAUCUUAUGUAUUAUUCAGGUUAAGAGUUGGAAAUGAUAAUAAAUAUCACUAGUGUCUCCAGAAGAAGUAAACUAAGGUUUAGAGGUGUGGAUGUCGACUCUGUGACUGGGCUAAAAGAUAAUAGACAAAAUAAAGCGUUAAAAUUUGAAUAUAUGUAAGGGUUGAUAAAUAAAAUUCGUUUUUUUUACGCCUAUUUCAUCAAUCCAUUAGUUUCAGUCCGUUUAGGAACUAUCCGCAAUAUUUUUUUGAACUGAAUUAACCUCUUUAAGCUAGCUGGAAGUUAAUAUUUUUUUAUGUAAUAAGCGUAUGAAUAUGCUGGAAAUGAUGACCUGCAAAUUAUUAACAAUGAGUGAUGCCGUUUAAUGUGCCGAAGAAAGACACCGCGGGGUUUCGGUUGGUAUGCCCUGUAUGGGGUUUACAAUAUAGUGCUAGAGACUUGAUGUCUCCAAAUAACUUAAUACUGGGUCGUAAGACCGAUGACUCCAACAUAAUCGUCUAUUUUGCCCUGGGGUUCGGCGGUAGUGGUAAUAGCACUAUCUUCGCGAAUACAUAAAAACGAGUGGAUAAGAGAAGAGAUAGACGAAAUUACCAUUAGGAAUAUUAUUGACCAAAUAAAAUGGCUGUAUAAUGGGUGUAUUUAUCGAUAGACCCCAGAAUUAUUAUGCUUGUCUGUUUAAUAUUCAUCUACCUUUUGAUUGACUUCUGGAUGAGAACGUAACGUUGUAAAUAUAAGCACGACAUGCAUAUUACAUAUUUUGUUAAGAACUUCUAUGCUAUUUAUUUAUGCGCAGGACAAUUUGUCACUCAAUACCAAGCAUGGAGUAGUUUUUGAUUAUUUAAUGUUACCCAAAAGCUAAUACGAAAUAAUCAAAAACUACUCCGAUGAAAUGUUCAGUCUCGAUGUCGAAUACACAUUACCAUGCUUUACACUCUACAGUGUUACAUGAACUUCAAAAAGCUAUUCGAUAAUACGCUUAACAAUAAUCCUUCAAAUUAUAUAUGUAGUUCAGGCAAACGGAGUCGCGGGCAAUUGCUAGUAAUAUAUAGCCACCUAAAGUAAGCUCAAACUAGAUGUUAAUUACCAGCUCAACUCUCGGCUGUAAAGAUAGAAGAAAGGAGAUAACAUAUAAGUAAAUCGAAUAUUAAUUUAAAAAAUAAAACAUAACGUGAUAUUAUGAAAUCACGUUGCGUCACUUGACACAUGAAACUCAACGUGACCCAAUUAUUUACAGCACCAAUCCGAUCUUAGGAUGAUCCAUUACUCCAACUACUUUUGUUUGUCUCCGGUCUAGUACAUUAAGCUAAAUAUAUUUUUCCUCAUGGGUACCGGGGAUUUAUUGACCAAGAUAAAUAGAUAAAUAAUUGUCUUUGGAAUGAAUGAACGUCGCUUUAUGAUUCACUGUCAUGCACAACUGCGAUGUGACUCAAAGCCUACGGCGGAUAUAAGUUGUGGUGAACAUGUUACUAAAAGCUAAGUAAACCUUAUAUUACAGCGCAAUACAUUUUUAGAAUCUACCGCGCACACCUUUACGAAAUGGUUGAAACUCUUGGGCUUUAGUGCCCAAGAGCUUUACGUAGUUUUCACUGAUUGGUGGAAUAAGAGUAACUCUGAGAGUUCAAGGCGUGAGAUGGAUAAUUACACAAAAGUUGUUCUUAAGAUGUUCGAUAUAUUUGUUAGCACGGAUUGUUGGUUUUGCUUCUGUCAUAGAUCCCGUGGCAGAUUCUAAAACAGUAGCAAAUAGUGUUCAUACUGGUUAGUCCCUCUUUCUGCGAUAUUCUACAUUGUACUAAUUCGAACAGUUCGCACGUCAUAUUCUUUAGGAGAAAAAACUUUAGCAAACCGAGCGCGAUAUAACCUUAAACAGUAUGCAAAUAACAUCUAUAUUUAUUUCUAUAUUGAGCUUGUGGAGACUAGGUGAAAUUUCCGGUAUCUGUCGUUUUACCAGCCUAUCGGUAACAAAUGUAAUAUUUCUGACUUUUAAACAGCGCUUAUUAGACUCCGUAUUAUUUUAUCCGUGGGCGGAGCUUGCCAGGAGGUGUCUCCAGUUAUAUGUAUAUCUUUAUAUCAGGUUCUUUAUCUUUCUAGUUCUACAAUCUACAUGUUGCCUCUAGCUUUGCUUCAGAAGAAACUUAACAAUUAUAAUUUAUUUCAAACUUCUUUUGUAAUAUUACUAAUAUUUAAUUUUACUAUGGCAUUAAACCCAGGCUCGAUGAGCUUUCGUACUCUGGUUUACUAAAGCGCAUGCCUUUGCUGAUCCUUGCUUACAGGAGUUGAGACUGUGCCGAUCGGUACCGUUUAAGUGGUACCUACACGUGUACAAUACAUAUUAAAAAUAUACACACAUGUACAAUUAGGUAUGUAUGUCAUCCCCACGUGCACAUAGUAAACAAAACAAAUUUCAGCAGAAAAAUAUGAUACAUUAUUUACCUAAACAAGACUUUGUCAUACUAUAAUAUUAUUUUUUAUUCAGUUUCCUGGUUUUAAACAUCAGGUAGGUAUUCUUGAUUUGAAUGAAUGGUAGGUAUUGAAUAGAAAUUAUAAUAUGAAUAGAUUCCACUUAACCUUUACCGAAACCUUAUCGUUGGUUGUAGAUGGUAUCUUUAUUCAAAUUAUUUCUAUGUUAUUUUAAUACAAGAAAAACGACUAAAUAUAUUCUUAUGUGUAGUACUGUUGGCUGUACGGGUGUGGUCGACAUGUUCCUGUUAGUAGUUAUUUGUAUCAUUUUAAUAUUUUAUUAUGUCGUACAAUGGUUAGAAAGUUAUCGUCAGUACCCACCAGGUCCAAUUUCAUUACCCCUCAUUGGUAACUUGAUAUCAGUUUUACUGGAAGUAAAAAAAUAUGAAUGUCACCAUACCUUGUGGCAGGCCUGGGCUCGAAAGUAUGGAAAAAUAAUUGGUUUGAAACUAGGCUUUGUCAAUGUUGUUGUGGUCUCAGGGCGAGACUUGAUCAAAGAAGUUUCUUUUCGAGAUGUGUUUGAAGGAAGACCUGACGGUUUUUUCUAUACUAUGCGAUCUUUUGGAGAGAAACUUGGUAUUGUAUUUUCGGAUGGACCCGCUUGGAAUAAAACAAGACGGUUCGUACUGAAAUAUCUGAAAAGUUAUGGAUAUAAUUCUCGCUUCAUGGAUAACUACAUAGCCGAAGAAUGUAGAGUUCUCGUUAGGCAACGAGAGAGAGAUGCUGGACAACCCGUAUUAGUUAAUGACAUGUUUCACAUCCCCAUAGUUAAUAUACUAUGGAGAUUGGUUGCUGGAGUAAGAUAUGAUUUAGAAGAUGUUCGAUUGAAGAAAUUAUGCAGUUUAAUUACUCGAUUAUUUAAAGCUGUUGACAUGAGCGGAGGUGUUUUGAACUUCAUGCCAUUUCUGAGACAUUUUAUUCCAAAUUAUAUUGGAUACACCGAGUUGAAAUCAAUUCAUAAUACCCUACACGAAUUUCUUGCGGAAACCAUAAAACAACACAAACAAAAUAUAGAUACCGAAAAUCCACGAGACGUUAUUGACGCAUGUCUUAUCGAAAUGAUGAAAAACAAAGAUCAAGCUCUUACAUACAAAGAGCUUCAAGUAGUUUGCUUGGAUUUACUGGAAGCGGGUAUGGAGACCGUAUCGAACACAGCAGUCUUUAUGCUGCUUCAUAUUGUACGGAACGAUACUGUUCAACAGAGACUUCAAGAAGAAAUAAAAGCUGUGAUUGGUCAAGAACGUUUUCCUACGCUGAAUGAUAGAAUAAAAAUGCCAUACACCGAAGCGGUACUUCUAGAGUCGUUGCGCAUAUCCAGUGUGGCAGCAAUGGGCAUUCCACAUAUGGCCCUCAAAGAUACACAACUGGGCAACUAUAAUAUACCAAAGGGAACAUUUAUAUUAAUGUCACUGUAUGAUCUUCAUAACGGAGGUCAUUGGAAAGACCCCGAUGUGUUUAAACCAGAACGAUUUCUUACAAAGGAUCGAAAUGUAAUUCAGGAUGACUGGCUCAUGCCGUUUGGGACUGGAAAAAGGAGGUGCAUCGGCGAAGGAUUGGCUCGAGCGGAGUUGUUUAUGUUUGUUACUCAUUUACUGCAGAAAUUCAGUCUAAAAAUACCCGAGGGGGAAUCGUUACCGUCUACGGAGCCUGUUAAUGGACUGUCUCUGUCAGCCAAGCCUUUCAAGAUUAUAUUUGAACCAAGAAUAUAAUACAACGCAUUUUAUUUUAUAUAAAAAUUUACUGGAAAAUUAAUUUAUGUUAAAAAUUUCAGCCUCUUUUAUUAACUCGAAAUACGUACUACAUAUUAAUCAUACUUAUAACAAUGAUAAAAAUUAAGAUUCAUACAUGUAAGUAAACUUCUUAAAACUAA